ACACCAACUAGGAAAGUCCUGCCCAUUGGUCUAAACCUCGGGGGUCCAGCGCAUAAAAGCCCCAGAACCGGAGGAGGCACCAGAAUCUGACAACCUCACCUCUGGACAGGACCUGCCCACCUUCUACCCCUGACACCAUGACCCACUCGUGCUGCUCCUCUUGCUGCCAGCCUACGUGCUGCAGGACCACCUGUUGCCGGACCACCUGCUGCCAGCCCACAUGCUGUGGGUCCAGCGGCUGUGGGUCCAGCUGCUGCCAGCCUUGCUGCCGCCCAACUUGUUGUCACACCACCUGCUGCCGGACCACCUGCUGCCAGCCCAGCUGCUGUGGGUCCAGCGGCUGUGGACACAACUGCGGUGGGUCUAGCGGCUGUGGGUCGAGCUGCUGCCAGCCUUGCUGCCGCCCAACUUGCUGUCAAACCACUUGCUGCAGGACCACCUGCUGCCAGCCCAGCUGCUGUGGGUCCAGCGGCUGUGGACAAAACUGCUGUGGGUCCCACUGCUGCCAGCCAGUUUGCUGUACCCCCGUGUACUGCACGAGAACCUGCUACCACCCCACCUGCUGCUGCCUGCCUGGGUGCCUAGCCCAAGGCUGUGGAUCCUGCUGCCAGCCCUCCUGCUGCUGAUUGCCUUGCCAAGAACCACCAUCUGGUCACAACACUGAUUUUUGUCUGGGAAACAAAGUCACUGCCAAACAUUGCUGAAAACCAGCAUGCAAUCACAAACAUUUCUGUUACUCAUCUGCCUGUUUACAAGCUUCUGAAUCAGCUUGAUGAAAGUCAACCACUUCUCCCUGAUUAUCUUCUUCCUUCCUCUUUAAGGCUCACAUGCCAGCUUUACACAUCCUCAUACAGCCAUGAUUUCUGCCUAACUCUGUAGUCAAGAUCUUUAUCCUGUCCCUCCAAGUACUUUGGAGAAACAAAUCCACAUAACUGACACUUAAGUUUUUGCAAAAAUGGGAAGUGUGCACUAAUAUGUUUUCUUUCUCGGUGCACUGAUGGUUCUUGUAUGCUGCUUUCUUCCUGUCAUGAUCCCUUUGAAUGUCUCCCUAGGUGCCUCACGUAUAUUUUUUAAUAAAUCCAUUUGUCAUCUCA